CUCUGAAGUCGGCUUUCUGGGGCAGGUAUCAUAAAGUUCCACAAGGUUGCGGACGCCACCCGAAUGGACGGUGAUGGUUCCCCGUCGUCCAACUCACUGUGAUGUCGUAACCGCCGCUUUCAGAGCCUUGGAGUCCGCUAUGCGGAUUGACAGAACCACAAGCUCCAGGUCCACGUAUCUGGGGUCCGACUUUGAUCGCUUGGUGACCAACAAGCGGGUCCCGCAAGGCACAACGGCGAAUGGACACUCACGUCGGAAUUUGCAGAGUCUAUUCGUACGCAAUUGUCGGACUGGUCAGAUGUUCUUGCCGGCACGCAGGCAGGGCCGUCACUUCCGACUUGUCUUGUUAUACCUUCGUUCCGUUUAGAGCUGGCCUCUUGCAUUCAAACUACCAGCCAAUAUGACGACGUGGAACGAUGCCACUAAAUAUAUGCGAAUCGCUGCGUUGUCCUGGUACUCGUAUGAUUGGAUUCUGACUUUUCCUGCGGAGAUCCGACUCUACAGAAGACAGUCUUCAAUUUUUCACCUCAGUACUGCUUGCAUACUGCUUAUUCUUGUGAGGUACCUGGGGUUAAUCGCCCUUGUUCUAAACAUCAUCGGCUUCUUCUCGCAUGAGUUCACAAUGGAAAGUUGUCAGUACUAUUGGCGUUUCAUGCCCAUAAUGCAGUGCUUUGCAUCCUGGGCGAGCCAUGCGGUAUUUACUGUCCGUACAGUUGCUAUCUGCAACAACGAGCUUGGUCCCACAGUUGCGCUCUCCGCUCUCGCCAUCAUAGUUUCCGGGCUGGAGAUCUUCGCUCAGAUGUACUCGUUCAGGAAGUUCACGGCGGGAUCUUCAGGGAAUUGCCUCAUCCAGUACAGUGACGCUAUCAACAUCAGUUGGGUGUACUACAUGGUUUCAUUGGUCUUUGAUGCUGCAGUCCUCGGAAUGACUUAUCGAGGCCUUACCAUCAGCUUUGCUAACAAGCAGAACUUACGCUCGGGUUUCAGCGAUGUGCUGUGGCACUCCUCUAUGCGAUAUUUCGUCGCUACUACCCUAUUCAACGCCCUUAAUCUGGCGUUCUAUGCGCAUUACAAGAAUACCAGUAAUUCCACUAUACUUUGUGCCAUGGGGAUAGCUAUCACGAGCAUGAUGAGUUCCCGCGUCAUUCUCGACCUGCAUAAUUAUGCCAACCGCCCAAUAAGCACGUUCCAGCUCACUGGCUUACCGACGGGCGCUGAGCCUUCCCAAGGAUCGUCCAAUUUUUCGCAAACACCUUCAUUUGACACCCGCGUGGCACCAUCUAGCGCUGCGCCGCAUAUGACCUCUUUUCCACCGAUUGUGGAAGACACCAGCAAGCACAAUAUGGCGCCUUGGGAGACCCACUGGCAAGCCAAAACGGUGGCUUAGUUCCGAUGCGUUUUUGUUAAGUUUCCUCCGUUCGUUUUUUUUUUUUUUUUGAUGACGAUCACGGUGGAGCUGUUGGUUCCAGCAACCACGGCUGUCUUUCCUUUUCGUUGUUUGUCAAUGGCUGGGCAUUAGUAGUUGUUGUAAAACCAUAU